AUGAGCGGUGGAACCUUCCCUCUAGCACAAAAUGCACCCGAACUCGACUCCCGUGAUCAUUUGCGUCACCUCCGAGACGAGUUCCACAUUCCAAAAUACCCAAUCUCGCAAGAAACUCGUCAAACGGAUGAAACCCCGGGCCAACAGGCCAUUUAUUUGUGUGGAAACUCUCUUGGACUUCAGCCGAAAGGAACUCGAGCAUUGCUCCUCGAAGAAUUGGAUGUCUGGGCAGAUCAGGGUGUAUACGGGCAUCACAGUCAUCCCAAUUCGAGACCAUGGAUCGAUAUCGAUGCUUGUGUAUCCGAGGAAACUGCGAAAAUAGUCGGAGCACUCCGGUCUGAAGUUGCGGUUAUGGGCACAUUGACCUCGAAUCUUCAUUUUCUCAUGGCGGCUUUUUAUCGACCUACCAAUGUGAGGUAUAAAGUUAUCGUUGAGGACAAGGCGUUCCCAUCGGACUAUUAUGCUAUCGAGUCACAAGUGCUCUGGCAUGGUUUGGAUCCUUCAGAUGCCAUAAUAUCAAUUUCUCCACGGCCAGGGAAGCAUACUAUUGAUACCCGCGAUAUCCUUCAAGUCAUAGAAGAUAACCGGGAAUUUACCUCUAUGAUCCUCCUUCCCGGAGUCCAGUAUUACACGGGUCAGCUGUUCGAGAUGGAAAGGAUCACAAAAUUCGCAAAGAGCCAUGAUAUCGUUGUUGGGUGGGACCUUGCACAUGCAGUUGGUAAUGUUGAGCUCAGUUUACAUGACUGGCAAGUAGAUUUUGCGGCAUGGUGUAGUUAUAAGUACCUUAACUCUGGCCCUGGAGGAAUCGCUGGGAUAUUCAUUCACGAGACCCGAUCCAACCAGGGACGCCUGACUGGUUGGUGGGGACAUGACCAAGCAAGUCGUUUUAAGAUGGAGAAUAAAUUUGUUGCAAUUCCUGGAGCCGGCGGGUUUCAACACUCGAACCCCUCAGUCAUGGCGGCUGUCUGCCUUCUCGGGUCUCUUAGGGUUUUCGCGAAAACAACAAUCAAGGCUAUCCGGGAGAAAUCGGUCCGCCUCACAGGGUAUAUGGAAGAACUCCUUCUUGCGGACAAAGAAACGGGGAGGUUCUACGAGAUAAUCACACCCGGGAACCCCUCGGAACGUGGCGCACAGCUCAGUCUAUUGUUUAAAGAUGGGAUUAUGGAUGCCGUAUUUAGAAAACUGGAACUAGCUGGAGUUAUCGUGGAUAAAAGAGACCCCGAUGUGAUCAGGGUAGCGCCUGCCCCCCUAUAUAACUCGUAUGAAGAUGUCUUUAAAUUCUCACAAAACUUAAGGGAAGCUAUUCUGGAGGCUUCCUCGGUAACAUUUUCGGCCUAA